AUGGAGAAUCCAGUCGCUGAGAUCCCCACCGUAAUCCGGCUUUUGACACAAUCGCCGCCCUCGGUGCAAGAAACCGUCCUUGAUCGGUAUUUCACCAGCAAUGCCUCUUUCGUCCAUCCAUUCUGUCGAGUUCCCCACUUCGAAGGGAGUCGAUGGUGGGUCACAAAGAUCUUCCAGUGGUACAAGAUCAUGUCACCGCGGAUUGAGCUGGAAAUUCAUUCAAUUGCAUUCGAUGAAGAAAAGCUCAAACUAUACAUCAAUAUGUCCCAAAUCUUUUCCAUCUGGCUGGUUCCUUUCCAUGUGGCUUCUGCGACUCUCACAACGGUCCUUGAUCUAACUUCCGAACCGAUGAAGAGUGAUGCUUCGACUAACGGAGAUCGCAAGAUUUAUCACAUCUCCAAGCAAGAGGAUCUAUAUCAGUCAUCAGAGUUUGUCAAAUUCAUUAUGCCACAUAUUGGGCAUUGGCUUAUCUAUGGUUGGCAUCUCGUUGCCACCCUAUUCUGUGUCGUGGGAGUUACUCUUCUGUGGCCCAUACUGUGGCUGGAAGAGAAUCGCUACAUUCCGGGUUAUUUCUUGCGAGGUGGAAACAUAGCUACUAGCAUUGACAAGAAGAUUCCGGAAAUCAAGGAACACUAA